UAAGUAUUGUGAUACCCUGCUGAAGAAAAGUGCCAAAGGAAUGUCGGAGAACGAAGUGGAAGAUAAGCUGACAUCCUCAGUUAUCGUCUUCAAAUACAUCGACGACAAAGACGUCUUUCAGAAGUUUUACUCCCGCAUGCUUGCCAAGAGGUUGAUCCACGGACAAUCCAUCUCCAUGGAUGCAGAGGAAGGAAUGAUCAACCGAUUGAAGCAAGCGUGUGGCUAUGAAUUCACGAGCAAGCUUCACCGGAUGUUCACCGACAUGUCUGUUAGCUCCGACCUUAACAGCAAGUUCAUGGAGUUUGUGAGAGGCAGGGAGGCAGACCUAGCUAUCAACUUCUCCAUAUUUGUUCUACAGGCGGGGGCGUGGCCGCUGGGACAAGCGAGCGUCUCUACGUUUGCGAUUCCUCAGGAACUGGAGAAGAGCGUUCAGCUAUUUGAAGAGUUCUACAACACGAGUUUCAGUGGAAGGAAGUUAAGUUGGCUUCAUCAUCUAUGUACAGCUGAACUGAAGAUGUCGUACCUUCGUAAGUCGUACAUCGUUACCGUGGGAACGUAUCAGAUGAGCAUCCUUCUGAUGUUCAACUCGGCGGAUAGCGUCGCGUAUCGCGAGCUCAUGGAACAUUGUCACAUGCAGGAGAAAGAAUUCAACAAACAACUGCAGUCACUACUAGAGGCAAAACUGCUUAACUCUGAUGCUGAGAAUCAUGAAAGCCUCAAUGAAAAUUCCAUCCUGACGUUGAAUAUGAGUUAUUCGAACAAGCGAACAAAGUUCAAGAUAUCUGCUGCCAUACAGAAAGAGACGCCCCAGGAGGUGAGCAAUAGCAGACGCACGUUGCGAUUGAUGAAGACCGGAAGCUGUACCUGCAAGCAGCGAUCGUGAGGAUAUGAAAGCUAGGAAGUGAUUGAAAACAACAUCCUGAUACAGGAGGUGA